AUGCCGCGCCAGCCGCGCUCCGUGCGCAUCGUGCUCACCCUGCCCCGGAUGCACGACCUCGUGCGUGUCGGCGCACAGCGCGUGUACGACGAGUACGGUCCGCCGCCCGAGGAGCGCGACGUCGGCGGUGCCCCGUCGCAAGCGCCUGCGCUCGACGAAGUGAUGAGCGACGAUGAGGCGUCUGCCGGUGCUGACGAUGCGUCUGCGUCUGAGAGCGCUGCAGAGGCUGCCGAGGCGCACGAAGCGUUGAACGCGGCGCUGCACCGCAGCAACGCGUCGCUCGGCGUGCGGCUGCGCGUGGCCAUCAUGGAGGAGCGCGUGCAGCGCAACGUUUCUCGCGUCAUUGAGCGGCAGAACAGGCUCGAGCAGACGGUGAAGGGCAUGCAGCGGCAGAAGGAGAAGCUGGCCAAGACGGUGGCGAGGCAGGCGAGCAAGAUGGCGCUCAUCGUGCGGCGCCAGAAGGAGCUUACCAGACGCCAUGUCGCCGUCGAGGAGCGGCACGCCAAGAUUGAGGAGCGGCACGCCAAGAUCGAGGCGCGGCUCAAGGCACUCGAGCUGCAGGAGGGCAGAGAGAGCAGCAUGGAGGGCGAGAGCGGCAUGGAGGGCGAGAGCAGCACGGAGGGCGAGAGCAGCAUGGAGGACGAGAGCAGCACGGAGGGCAAGGCAAGACGCAUGACGGUGCCAGAGAUCGAGAGGCGCCUGACGGCGCUGGGCGUGUAG